CUCAUUGUGCUGACCUCCACCUCAAAAAAAUAAAUGAUAAAUAUAAAUUUGAAGGACUAAACCAGUGGGAUUGUCCUAGUGAAAGCUGAAUUCAGUGGUUGUGUGAUAUCUGGAGCCACAUGACUGUCCGGACUGGAAGGAUAGAGGUGGCACUUGUUGACUUCGAGGGUAUGGAGAGUACUAAUGGUGUGGACAAUUUCAAUGACCCAAAUUAUCCCAACGAGAUGACGGCUUUGACAGUAGAAAUGCCAGAGUUUUGCAAUUCUGCAAAAGUGUCACCAUAUAAAGAGAGGACACCACAAAAUCUGGACAAACCGCAAUCACCUGUCCUACCUCCUCACACGAGGAGAGGGCGCGCCAGCUGUGCUAGUCUGAUUUCCAACUGGAAAUUACUCCUGAACAGUGAAGGAACGCAAAGUGAGACGAUCUUCAGUAAACUGGCCAAAGAAUACGAGGACAUGUUUGUUGAUAAGCGACCUCUCGAUGACGGCGAUCAAAAGGUCAUCAUUAACAUUGCGGGUCUUUGCUUUGAAACCCGCCUUAGGACCCUCGACCAGUUCCCAGACACCCUUCUGGGCGACCCAAUGAAAAGAAUGGGCUAUUUUGACCCCAUGAGAAACGAGUAUUUCUUUGACCGCAAUCGCCCGAGCUUUGAUGGGAUCCUGUACUACUAUCAGUCGGGGGGGAAGGUCCGCCGACCUGCAAACGUACCUUUAGAUGUCUUCGCGGAUGAGAUCAUCUUCUACGAGUUAGGGCAGGAAGCCAUGGACCAGUUCCGCGAGGAGGAAGGCUUUAUCAAAGACGUGGAGAUCCCAUUGCCAUCCAAUGAGUUUUACAGGCAGUUCUGGCUGCUCUUUGAGUAUCCCGAGAGCUCAAAUGCAGCCCGAGGGGUCGCACUCGUUUCCGUCUUCGUCAUCGUCAUCUCCAUCAUCAUAUUCUGCAUGGAGACUCUCCCAGAAUUCCGUGAGGACCUAGAGAUUUUCCCAACUGCGGGUGUUUCCUUCAACGAGACGCAUCCCUCAGGUGCUCCUCCUCCAAGUGCCUCUCCCAAAACCAUCAGCAGCACCUUCUCCGACCCCUUCUUCAUUCUUGAGACUGCUUGCAUCAUCUGGUUCUUCUUUGAGCUCUGCGUGCGUUUCCUGGUUUGUCCCAGCAAGCGGGAAUUCUUCAACAACAUCAUGAACAUGAUUGACAUAGUCUCCAUUAUUCCCUAUUUCGUCACUUUGAUAACUGAGAUCGUGACCACCACCAAUAAGUCCAACACGGGGCAGAAUAUGUCCCUGGCCAUCCUGCGAAUCAUUAGACUGGUGCGCGUCUUCAGGAUCUUUAAGCUCUCCAGACACUCAAAAGGGCUGCAGAUCCUGGGCCAGACGCUCAAGGCCAGCAUGAGGGAACUUGGCCUGCUCAUCUUCUUCCUCUUCAUCGGCGUCAUACUCUUCUCCAGCGCCAUCUAUUUCGCUGAGGUGGACGAUCCUAACACCCAGUUUGUUAGCAUCCCUGAUGGAUUCUGGUGGGCUGUGGUCACCAUGACCACUGUGGGAUAUGGAGACAUGUGUCCUAUUACAUUAGGCGGUAAGAUUGUGGGCACUCUGUGUGCCAUUGCUGGGGUGUUGACCAUCGCCCUGCCUGUGCCUGUAAUCGUCUCCAAUUUCAAUUACUUUUACCAUAGAGAGACAGAGCAGGAGGAAAAGCAGCCCAUAGCAGAGUCAACUGAACAAGCUUUAAAGUCAGGGAACAUUACAAAGCAUGGAAGUAGUUCCUCUCUGAACAAGGCAAAUGGGAACUGGCAGACUGAUAAAUCCAAGUAUUAAAACCCCUCUCGAAACUAUCAUGAGUGUGAAUCUCAUUAAACAUGUUCAGGUCAUAUUUCACCACAAAAUCAAGUGACCAAGAUAGCAUACUGCAAGAUGUCUUCAUCUGGAAAGCAUCUGUUGAGUAUGAACUUCUGAAAGUUUUACAUACAUUGUAAAUCUUAAAGACAUCUUAUUUGACAUAUUAUAGGAGACGUCCUAUAGACGUAUUGCAGAUGGGCAAGCACUCUAAAAAAGACUUUCAGAUAUCACCAUGAUGUACAUGUGCUAUCAGGGUUAUAUGUUGCAUAAAGAAAAUAGUCUAUUUUAGUAUCACUGCAGGUUUUAUCAUAGCAAAGAGACACCUUUUCAUUCCAGUUCUCAUA